AUGGCACAAGACCCCCAAGGACUUUAUGAAGUAUUAGGACUUAAAGCUGGUGCAAGCAUUGAUGAAGUUAAAAAAGCAUUUACAAAAAAACAAAGGGAAUGUCAUCCCGAUGGUGCAUUUUUUAAAGCUGCUCUUAGAAAAUGUAAAACAGAUGAAGAAAGAGCAAAAGUUGAAAAAGAAUUUAAAGAAAAAUCACAAAAAUGUAAUCAAGCUAAAGCAGUUUUAUUUGAUGAGAAAAAAAAGCAAGAGUAUGAUAUGGGAAUGACUGGCGAUUUUGGAUUUUCUGCAGGUGGUGGAGACUUUUUCGAUAUUUUUUCAAGUUUUACUGGUGGAGGAAGAAGAAAUCGAGUACAAAAAGUUCAAGAUACAGAAUACGAGUUUAAUAUUUCGUUGAAGGAAGCUUAUAUGGGAAAGCGAGCUAGUUUUAAUGUAAAAGUGCAAAGAGAAUGUUCUGCAUGUAAUGGUAAAGGAGGAGACAGUGUUGAAACAUGUGAACCAUGUAAAGGUAAAGGUAAGGUAGAACAUCAUAGGAGACUAGGUCCUUUAAUUUCUGUACAAGAAGCACCUUGUAAUAAUUGUAAUUCUACUGGGUUUGUUGUUAAAGGAAAGCUUUGUCAAAGUUGUAAAGGUAAACAAUACGUUGAGACUAAAGAACAUAUUGAAGUGGAAGUAGAGCCAGGAGUACAGAACGGUAGAAAAUAUACAUUUUCUGGCAAAGGAAAUCAUAAAAAAAAUUGUGUACCGGGUGAUGUGAUUCUUAUUGUAAACAUUACAAAUGAUCCAAGAUUUAGAAAAAGUGGAUAUAAUUUAAUUAGUAAGGUUGAUAUUCCAUUGUAUGUUGCUUUGGCAGGCGGACAGAUUAUAUUUGAACAUAUCACUGGUAAGAAAUUUGAAAUUACUUUAUAUCCAUUUAAAGAUUUAAAGAAAUGUAUUAUUUUAAAAGGCGAAGGUUUUAAAAUAAAAAAUAGUUAUUCGGGUGGUGAUCUUAUCCUCGAACCUAAUAUAAUUAUAGAUAAGAAUAUUGAUAAAGAUUUAUUAGCACGCGCCUUGAAUUAUGUUCCUGUAAGAAAAGAUUUUACAGGAACUGCUGUUCCAAAAUAUGCAGAAUUUGGUGUUAUGCCUAAAGAACAGGAAGAACAAAACGAAAGAGAAAGAUUCGAAGGUGCAGAAGAGUUUUUUGGAGGAAAUGGUAGAGAUUUUUUUAGCAAGUUUGGAUUUUUCUAA